AUGCAACAUUUGAAUAAAAAUGCACGAGCCUGUCCAAAUCCAGAGAUUAUUGCUAGUCAGCUAGCGUCCAUACGUAAUAUUUAUCUUCGUCAAGAAUUAUAUACUAUUUCUAAUAAAAUUCAAGAACAAUACAAAGAACGUUUGCCCGCUCUUCAUUUAGUUUCAAUUGCAGCCUAUGAACAAGUUUUUAACAGACAACCACUAUCACUUCCGGAAGAUUUACGAAGAAAUGCCAUAGAAUAUGGACUUAAAUAUUACAAACUGAAUAUGGAAAAGUUACGACAAGUAGAAGCACAAAAUGGUCUCCUUGAGAUUCCAGAUCAUUUUGUUUACUUAAAAAAAAAUCAUCAAUUAAACGAAAAGAACAUUACAACAUCAGAUGAGUCUACGCAUCUAGUAACAAAUCAAGAUGACUUUAUGUUGAAUUCAACAUUGUCUACUACUGAUAUUUCCUCUUCGCUAGUUGAUACUUCUAGCAGUACAAGUUUUAACUCAUUCCACACUAAUCGAUCGGUGACAACUCCUACUACGACCGAUCAAUCUUCAGCGUUAAGCAAAACUCAUUCUCGUGAAAAACCACCAAAAAUUAUUAUCCGUCGACCAUCGAAUAAUAGUUUGACAGCAACCGAUCCAAAAUGA